GAUCUUCAGUGGCCUCAGUGUUUCGUAAAAUCAGCAGCAGGAAUCGUUUGUGAUAAUGUAAUGUCGCCCGCUAUAGUCGAGUAAAGGAAAUGUUCAAUCCUUUUAAUUUAAAACGCACAUUUGGUGACAAAAUCAUUAGUUUCGAGCAAUGACUUUCCCUAUAAUUAGUUAGUUUCUGUUUUCUAAACAAGUUUAUCUAACAAAAUUAUAAAAGUACUGUGGUGUUUUAAGUUCAAGAAGAAGUUUGACAAUUCUUAAGCCGACAAUCUCUAUGCCUUAACACGAACUGCACGCUUGAAACUAAAACUCGUAAACAUUGACAUGUGGCUAUGGCGGGUAAUGGAGGACACUUUAAAUUCUUUCGGGGUUUGUAAAUUUUGUUUUACAACAUGUUGUUGGCUAAAACAGUUACUACAUUCGCAAGAUUAGUGUCAAGACCACUGUCCUCCAGAAGUUUUUCUGGGAUUUGGUUUCAAGAAGGAGAUACAGCUUCAAUAACGAAGACAUUUUCGUCACAAGACGUGCAGAAGUUUGCGGAACUGAGUGAGGACACAAACCCUAUUCACGUAAAUGAUGAGUAUGCUGAAACUGCACGGUUCGGGAAGUGUAUUGUCCACGGGAUUUUGGUUAACGGGUUAAUCUCAGCUGUGUUGGGAACCAAACUGCCAGGGCCAGGAACCAUCGUCUUAUCACAGAUGUGUGAAUUUCCAGCUCCUUUGUACAUAGGUGAGCCUGUCACAGCAAGUGUCACAGUAGUCAAUAUUGAUCGGCGUCUGGUAACCUGCUCUGCUUCAUGCAUUGCCAAUGAACGGAAUGAGAAUGUGUUAACUGGAUCAGUAAGGCUUCUUGUUCCAAGGAGAAAACCAAGUAUACCUCCUCGACAAUAAAGAUCAUAAGCCGUUUCAUCUCUAGAGUUCUUCACCUUGGAGCUUGCCCCAAGACUAAGUAGUUCAUCUACCCCAGGCUUGCCG